UUAAAUAGCAUUUUGAAUUAUUCACAAUUGACCUUUUAAAUUGAAGUCCAACAGAUAUCCAACAACCUUUGUAGGAUAUUUUUAUUAAAACAUGUCCAGUUACUUGCAAUAGAUCAAAGCACCCUUUGUUGAGUUAGCUUGUUCACCGAAUUGGGAUACACCACAGCAGGGCCGGCCCAGGCCAUUUGGGGGCCCUAAGCAACAUAAUGCCAAGGGGCCCAUAUUUUUGGCCCACCAUUUCGUCCGUGUACUGUGAAACCCAUACAUGCAAUCCAACCCAUACGUCCAUAAUUUGUAUAUUAAUCAGAUUUUGUUGCACUGCAUACUUGAAACUUCUCACCCCAAAUGAUUGUUAGUAGCCUACUUACAGUAGAUGGCGCCAAACCUUUUUCUAAAAGAGGAAAAGAAGUUAAGGACUUUAUUUUUUAAGCUUGUAAUCAAGUAUCAAAACUCACAAAAGUCAAACAAAGCAAACUGUAGUAAACAAAAUAGAAUAUAAAUUAAACAAUUUCACAGUCUGACAAUGUACUGUACAGUCAUGAACCGGUAAACAUUACACAACUUGUUUUAUAAAGUGAAAGUCAAAUAGCACAACAGCAAACAGCAAAUAAAGUAUUUACAGUCAGAUACUGUAUAUAUAUAUAUAUAUUGAAACAAAUGAAUUGCACAAACAGAAGCCAUGAAUAACUUACAACUAAAAGCUUCCUUCAUGGCUUCCUUCAAGUAUAAAAUGCAAAAAAUGUAAACAGAGGAAACUUGAAUAAAGAACUUUUGUUUUUUAAGCUUGUAAUCAAGUAUCAAAACUCACAUAAAUAAAGCAAUCUACAUAGUCUACAAAAUAGAAUAUAAAUCAAACAAUUUCACGGUCUGCACAGCUUCCUUCAAGUCUAAAGUGCAAAAAAUGUAAACAGAAAAACAGUACACAAUAAAAACAAAUACAAAAAACAAAAUACAAAUAAAUAUAAUACUGCAAUAUUUCAAGCCAUGGCCAUUACAUCACUAAGAUUAUUCAUUCCAAAAUUUUGCCCUCUUUGCUUUCUGAGCUUCAAAGUCAUUUAUGAUGUCUUUGUAGCUAUUCUGUUUUCCUACCAUGUGGCUGAUACUGAUGAUUGCUAACCCAGUCAGGCGCUCUUGUGCCAUGGUAGAUCUCAGCAUGCAAAUGGCGAUGAUGGCGUGGCGCCUCCUUUGGCCUUUUGUCCUAAUGGGAGUGUUGAGCUGCUUGGCUCUGGAAAUCCACCUGGAGGAGUCACAGUACUACGCCGCCGAGGCUCCGAUGUCACAAUGGUUUGCCAGUACAAUGACACUCUGGACAGCUCGGGGUACAUCAUAUGGCUUUCCACCCCCAUUGAUGUCUCCCCACGGCCCAUCAUUUGGUCCAGUGACAACUGGUUGCACUCCGAUCUUUACGAACCGAUGAAGGGCAGGGUUCGUUUCACCGCACGCGAUCCCCAAAAUGGAGAUGCUUCUAUCACCAUUAGCAACGUCAGUCGCUCAGACGCGAUGACUUACGGUGGGGAGAACAAGUAUUUGAUACACUGCCACUGUUCCCAUUGGCAGUGUAUCAAAUACUUGUUCUCCCCACUGUACAUGUGCGUUGAGAAGAAGUUACCUAAAAUGGAGAAGAUGAUAACCAUGACCCUGAGGGUCAUGGAGCCGCCAAGUCAACCGAUAUGCAACUUGCAAGGGGAAUUCGCUCAAGGCAAUAACGUGACACUCACAUGCUUGUCUUUCCAUGGUGAAUUCCCACUGACGUACACCUGGGUCAAGAUCAACGGAAACCAGGUCCUCCCUGCCAAUGCCGUGGUGGACUCCGUCAGAGGCACCUUGCGCAUGGACAGUAUCAUCGAGCAGGACUGUGGAAGCUAUCGCUGCACAGCGGAGAGCUUGGUCGGAAGCAAAAGCUGUGAGCUCGUCCUCCCCUGUCCGGACGUGCCAGAAGCCCACGUGUCCUCCACACUGAUGAUGACCAUCUCCAUCUAGUCAUCCUUGCAGUUUCCAUCAUCACCACUGGCUGCUUGUGUUGGUACAGAAAGAAGAAACAACAGUAUUCUGUCAGUGAAAAAGAAGGUGAUGUGCCACCUCCUUCCCUAUGUAUUUAAAAAAAUGAAGAGAUUCUGCCGUUUUUGCACUACGAGGUGAGAAACAUGCACAUCAGAAAGAACAUUCACAUAAAUAGCAGGGGUAUAACAGUACACACAAGUCACGGUUAGGUACAACAGGAAAACCAAAAAGGCUUUUUCUUUUUUUAAAUCACGAUAAUUCAAAGUUUUACGUUUUUUUUAUUGGCUAAAACUAAAAACCAUCUUUUUUUAAAAGUGCAAAAUACAUUGAAGAAAACAUCAAUCUUGUGAAUUUUUGUUUUUAUGGUUCUAACAUUCUUUAAUUCAGUUUAUGUGCAAAAAUAGACGACACACCAUUUUUUGGGAUCGACUCAGGUACCAUUUAAAGUCAGCUGGCAAAUUUAUUAACUUUUUUUUCUAUAAAAAUAAGAUACUACCAUGUUCAAUGUUAUUCAAUGUUGACACACAUUAAACCAUUUCCAGGGGAUCUACACACCGACAUAUAUUUUUUGGGCUACAAUAAAGUAAAAAUUGCAAACAAUGCCAAAACUGAAAAGCAUCUCUUGAAAUAGUGCAAAAAUAAAUACCGUAUUUUUCGGACUACAAGUCGCUCCUGAGUAUAAGUCGAUCCAGCCAUAAAAUGCCCAACGAAGAGAAAAAAAACAUAUACAAGUCGCACCGGCGUAUAAGUCGAAUUUUGGGGGGAAAUUCACUUGAUAAAAUCCAACACAUAGAACAGACAUGUCAUCUUGAAAGGCAAUCUCAUAUAAAAAUACAAUAGAGAACAACAUGCUAAAUAAAUAUACAGUGUACAGUGCAUGAACAACGAAAUGUGAAUAUACUGUCCAACGCUACAGCUCGGUCCUGGCUGUACAGCGAACUCCCAAAAGAUAAUGCUGGACGUCCGUAUAAUUUGCUGAAUCAAUUUGGUCCUCGAUAGAAAACAGGUUCGCAUCAACGUAAAUAAAUGAUAAUUAGGUACUAUUAGUAAUAAGUAACAGGUUAGCAUGCGUUCGCUAUCAUUAGCACAUCGUUCAAACAACCACACAACUGGCUCUAAGUGUCCGAUCGUGGGUGGAAAACACACAACAACAACAGAAAAGAUUAAGAUACACGCAGGCGUUGCCUCUGUAGAGAUGAUUUUAAAGCAUAAACAAUGAAAGUAGGCUCGCAGCCGUCUAUAUACCCUACCCACCGACGUCACAAAACCACGUGCUCGCUGUAUGGUUCCGCCCACUUGUCCGUCAUUUUGUCUCUGUAUUAGCAUUGGUUUCAAUUGAUCGAGGAAUUUAAAAUGCAUUUCAUGCAAGACCCGGUGCUUUCUGAUGCCGUAAACUCACUGGAUGUGUUGCAUAAAAGGCGUUAUGUGGAAAAGCUUCGUUCUAUACAGUCGCCAGAUCCAUAUUUGAUGCCUAAAUCGAUGAUUUUUGACCGGCUGCCUUCGCCGUCUCUGCCUGACCCUGAUAUUUACAACUAUCUUGUCCACACAAAAUCAGCCUAUUCUCACGAAAGUUUGAAAAACUUUAAGAGCUUGGAGGCUUAUAAAUGCUACGUUGCUGGUUGGGUGAAACAGGUCCUCGUACACGAAAAUUCGGCAGGAAUCUUGUGCUCGGAAGGUGAGUUACAAAAUUUUCAAUUCAAAAUCUUUUGUUCUUGCUAACAACCACUGUCAAGUCUAAUGUAUUUCAUGUCAUUUGUCAAUGGAGCUAGCGAUGGUUUAGCGAUAGCACUCUCACUACAUACAUACGUGUAUGUUGUCGGCGAUUAGCCUAGCAAUGAUCUUAAUUGUGGUUAUCAGCCCAAAACCCUCUAAAUAUAUAUUAAAUGCAUCUUACCAGAUAUAAAAUUACUACAUAAUCUGUGGUAAUCGUUUGGAGCCCAGUUUUCUCGUCGAAUUGCAGCAGCCCAUCUCGCUCUCUCCUCUCCGUGUCUCUCGGAAUCCGGUAGAACUUCAAGUCUCUCCGUCUAUCUUCUCUGUUAUUGCAACCGACCGCCACACACGCCUUCACCAUUUUAAUUAUUAAUGUUAACGAGCAGAAAAACACUCCGUAAAUAGGAGGAAUGUACGUAGCCGUAACAGGUCAACACGAUGUGUUGACGGACAAGUGGGCGGCAUCAGUCAGGAGAGCGGAGUUGUGACGUCACGUGGGUAGGGUCUAUUCUCUCUCGCUGUAACUCGCCCACUCACUCAGAGCUACGUAGCUGUCCGUCUUCUUCUGGCGUGUGAGCACUCGACUCCACGUAAACAAAUGCGAGUGCGCCCUCACGUGGGCAUGAAAGCGCCACAAACUAAAUGCAUCCAUUUCAAGAUAAAAAAGUCAAUAAUACAAUUGAACAUACACUGCCAAAGGCAGAACGCGAACGUGGCCAUAGCUAUAAAGAGUUAUUCAGAUAACUAUAGCAUAAGAACAUGCUAACAACUUUACAAAACCAUCAGUGUCACUGCAAAACACCAAAAUAACAUGUGAAAUUAUAUCAUAAUGUGUUAAUAAUUCCACACAUAAGUCGCUCCUGAGUAUAAGUCGCACCCCCAGCCAAAAUAUGAAAAAAAAACGCGACUUAUAGUCCAAAAAAUACGGUACUUACCAGUAUCGUUUUUGUCUUUUCGACGAUAAUACUUCGAUAAUGUCUUUGUCACAUUUUAGUCAUUUCAAAAUGUGUUUGUUUUCACCUAGUUUUUGUCGACAAAAAUGCUAAUUAACCAAUUUCCUAUAGUAUUAGUCGACGUUUAUGCAAAAUGUUUUCGUCUGUAAAAUUCAAGUCUUACUCUAAUAAUAAAUAAAUCAACGGUUCCAACUAUUGCGAAUGAACAUUGAUCAUUGUGUGUGUGUGUAUAUCUACAGUAUAUAUAUACAGUGCCUUGCAAAAGUAUUCGGCCCCCUUGAAUCUUGCAACCUUUCGCCACA